UAGAAGAUCUAGUUAUGUCAAAUUUUACAAUGUUGGACAAAACUAAGACAUUAAAUAAUGAAACAGUAAAACUUGUCAUCAAGGAUGUGGCAAACUUUCAUGCCAUGUCGUAUGUGUUGAGAAACAAAGAACCAAAAACGUUGGACAAACUUUUGGAAUCGUUGGUGAAUCCUAUGUUCGAUCCAAAGAAUAUUGCACAAUCUCAGAUAUUUUUCCAACAAAUUGCAAGAGAUGUGAUAGAAAUAUGUCAUAGUAGUAAAUAUAGGAAUGUCAUCAGUGAUAUCAUGCAAAAUAUAAUCACACCUUGGAAGAAAUUAAUCUCAAGUGAUAACGGUUCAAAAUACAGUGUUAUUCAACACGGAGAUUUAUGGACUAACAAUAUUAUGUUUCAAGUUCAGAAUAACCAACCAACUAAGUGCAUAUUUUUAGAUUAUCAAAUGUCUCGUGAAAGUCUACCAGUUUCCGAUAUCCAUUACUUCAUAUUUAAUUGCACAGACUAUGAAACAAGAUCCAAACACUACCAUGAAUGGAUGGAUUACUAUCAUUCGGAAUUGGAUAGACAUUUAAAUCAUUUCGGUCUCAAAGCUAACUACAUUUAUCCUAGAGAUAAAUUCGAUGCUGACCUGAAAAGAUACGGCAAAGCAAUGUUGGGUGGGUCAUUUUUUGUAUUAAAUAUAACAUUGAGAGAAGCACAAGAAGCAGGUGAUUUGGUAAUUGAAGAUAGCGAAGACGGUACCGAACAAGUACCGAAAUUUAAAAUGGGAGCUAUUAGAGAAAAAACUCAAGAGACUAUAAAGAAUCGAAUUGAAGGACUUAUCGAAAGUUGUUUUGAAUUUGGUUAUAUGAAUAAGAAUCUACUUUCUUAAGAAUUUUAAUUAAAUUAAAUUGUAGUUUCUACCUCA